AUGGCGACUUGGCCGGAUGCCCUCGCGCGAAGCCGCUUUCACGCCGACAGAGCCGAGUACAAAGAGGCCGCGGCACUGUUGCGCGAUUUUCUCAAGACGGCAUCUGAUCGCCUUGAACCCGUGCUGGAACUCUCAAGAGUCAUCAAAACUCAGGGCUAUUGGCGAGAUGCCCUGACAGUCCUCCUCGACGAGUUGGACAACCUCCCCGGCCCUGUUGGUACAGCAACAACCAGAGAAGAGCGACUGGGCAUCCAAAUGAGGAUAGAAGUCUGCAGGCUCAAGCUAUUAGUCACUGCUUCCUUUGAUGCACCCCUCCAGGAAGCAGAAGAGCUGCGUCUCCAGACUUCAGACUUUGCGGCUCUCGAAGAGCUCGAGCCGACAACCAUUGAGAUUGCUCUGUGCUAUUCCAGGAUGCGUGUUUUAUCAUGCCUUCACCAUCAACCUAUUGCCCCUGCCGAGCUCGAAGCUCUAAUCUCCUGGCUGCGGCCCACCUACGACAGGCUGGUCUCUGCGAGCCGCCACCGGGAAUCCUUUGAGAUUUUGCAGGCUUAUAGCGCAUUCUUGGAAUCCGCUACGAGAGUGGGCAUCACGACUUUGGACUUUGAAACCUGGUCCGGGAUGAUGCAACGCUUCCUCAGUUCACCGGAUCUUCCCCCACUCUUCAAGGCAAACGCAAUGGUUCUUCUUGCAGACAAGGCCAGCGAGAGGCUUGACGAAGCUUACCUUGCCGAAAUAGAAACGUCGGCAAAAACUAUUUACAUUGAUCAAGGCCACGCCGUGGGGGUGAUGGAUCUUAGGUUCCAGCAACUCAGCCGAGCCCUCAAGAAGGAUCAUCAAUGUCUGACGGACGAGCUGCUCGACGAGUUGAAGGGCUACUUUGCCAAGUACCAGACCGGUGAUUCCAUGGCGUCAUAUCAGACAGCCAUCCACGCGUUCCUUGCCCAUAUCCCACAAUGGCUUGCCUUCGAGCUACAGAUGUCGCUGUCCCACAUCAGAGAUGAGUUAGCACAUCAAGCAGGAGCAGUGUUUCUGACCCAUAUUGGCCGCGUGGGUCUGAUAAGUAUGUGGCUCGCCCACUCCGGCAAGGCCGCCAGUGCCGUUGAGGCAGCUGAGGCUCUCGACACCACGCUUAGAGAGGGAGAUUGCAGGUGGCUGAGGGGCAUCGCGCCGUACCUUGCAUCCCAAGCAUACUCUCAGCUGCAUGAUUAUCGCAAGGCGCACGAUCGGGCAGCCAGGGCAGUCGAGAUCUUUCAAGAGACGUUUCCCAGCGACGCAGCUACAGCCCGCAACGCUCUCCUACAGGCAAAGCUCGAACUGUACCAGCAAAACAACUCGGACCCAAAAGACUUGGAAGAAAUCCUUUCCUUUGCCGAUACCGAGACGACGCGAGACAGAGCCGCUGGGUUGACUCUCCAGGCGGCACAGAAAACGGAGAUGAUCGUUGUUCAGAUAAGGACUCUCCAAACCGAGCAAAGACGGUACUGGAUGGAGAGAAUGUUGACUUUUGUCAAUGAGUUGGAAUCCGACUCGGAAGAUGGAGACAUUCGCAUGGCCGGCCUAUUCCAAGUGCAAGGGAUGGAGCUUACGCUGCCCAUGAAAGAGACUGACCCCAAGGCGUGGGAGCCGUGUCUGGCUUGCUUUGACAAAUCAGUGGCUCUGUAUAUGAAGCACUUACGGUUUGUAGAGGCUGCCAAUACGCGCCAGAUGCAAAGCUGUGCGAUUUACCGCUGGUUUGAGCUUUCGCCCUCUGCCCAUCUCCUGCAGCGCUGCCUCGACCUCAUCGACAUAUCCCUUGAUCUGUUCAGGGAGGCAGACAACGUCACCUUCAUCGCCACGGCAAGUCGCUGGCGGUCGAUCGUCGUAUACACCGGUUGGGAACGCGGAUGGAUGGUAGGGGACAAGACCCUCACGGCGCUUCAAGAUGCCGAGAAUGCGUGGGCGGUUGAAAGGGCUGACAUGACAGCCUUGGCCAGCUUUGAGGCUGUGUCUCGCCGACAACAGUUCACCUCCCUCAAGGGCUUGAGGGAGACGUACCGACGCGCGUUCCGGGUUUGCCAAAUAGAGGGUCGCGUGACUGAGCUAUGGGAAUGGACCCAGAAAGCCAAAGCGCGCAGCUUGUCAGAUCAGCUAGGCGUUGACAGCCUCGUCCCUGCGGAGCUUCGCGAACAGGUCAUCCAAGAUCCAACCAGGAGGGAGCUGAUGGAGGAGGCGGAUGCGCUCUCGCCCCGGAUCGCCGGGAGCCCCCCCGAGGUUCGUCUUAGGCUUCGCGGCGAGCUUGAGGCUAUUCAUAAGCGGAUGGCUCAAGACACUCUGCUCAAGGCUAUGAUGGAUAUCAAGAAUGGGACACCAGUCGGAAUCGACCAGAUCCAGCAGCUGGGAAGCCAGAUGAAGAAGUGUUCUCCUGGUAGAGACGUGAAAUUCAUCGACUGGCUCGAGCACUCCAACAAGCUCUGGGUAUUGGUUCUGGGAGGCGAGGAAAAGACGCCUACCGUCAUGCAAUGUCCAGUCUCGCCUGACGAGGUGGCAGCUUGGAAGCGAGAGUGGCUCGAUGCGCAGCCUGGACAAGUGUCCGCCUUCCAAGAGGACGACUUCUACUCUGAAUACGAGCCCGAGUUCAGUUUACGUGCUCUCGACGGCCUGGUCGCACCUCUCGACCAGUUGACCAAGCCCGGGGAUCUCGUCGUUCUCUGCCCGACUGGUGUGCUUCACUCGAUACCCCUACAUGCCUUGUACAUCUCGGACAACGUCCCCGUUAUCGAGCGGAACCCAGUCAUCUACAGUGCGAGUCUGACCACCUUUUCGCAAUGCUGCCGGCGGGGUGGUUGGUCGGAGGUUGAUUCGGGACAGAGGCCAGCAGCAUCAGUCGCUACGCAAUGGACCCUCACGAGUGUGCUCCAAGAGUCUGAUGACAGAUGGUUCGACCCUGAGGAACAAGAGGACGUAUACUCUCUCAUUUCAAACACAGCUGCAACGUCCGAUGCCAAGGCGGUGACGGGGACCGACGUCACGAGGCAGUUCUUCGUCGAAGCGAUGCAACAGUCAGCUCUGUUCCACUUUCACGGCCACGGUAUCUUUGACCGCAGCAUCCUGGCCGACCAAAGCCUGGAGCUUGCCGACGGCAACAUUGCAGUGCGAGACGUCUUUGACCUGAAGCUCAAGGCGCCUCACAUGACCCUGGUAGCCUGCGACUCGGCGUCGCAGGGCAUUGCGGCUGGUGAUGAGCCCCUGGGUAUAGUCACGGCGUUGUUGUGUGCGGGAGCCGGCUCUGUUCUGGGAACAAUCUGGCCGACGGCCUCUCGCACUGGUCGUUGCUUUACGGAUGAGUUCUACACCAAUAUCUUGGAACAACAGAAACGCAGCAUCGAUGUUUCUACUGACGUGGGAGGUCAUGCUGCUAUCAUUGAUUUGGCCGAGGUGUCCCAGAGGGCGGUACUCGCGCUGCGUCGCAACAUUGACACAAGGCACCCAUAUCACUGGGGAGCUUUUGUUCUUCAUGGAUGUUGGUUUAUGAGUCAGAGAGGGCAACAUCCAGCUGAUUAA